AUGUCGCGAAAACCUUCGAGCCGACCGCAUGGCAACACAGCGGUGGUGCCGGCGCCCUUUACGGCGGCCAACUCGGGCACGGCCGGCGUGACGAUGGACAGCACGGGCACGACUAACGGGUCGGCCGACGACAUCUGUCCGGUGUGCAAGACGAUUCGCUACCUGAACAAGGACAUGGUCUUUUUGAUCAACCCGGAGUGCUACCACCCGAUGUGUUCCAACUGCGUCGGCCGUCUGUUUACGGGGCCCAACCAGUGUCCGUAUGCGGGCUGCCACAAGACGCUGCGCCGCAAGGACUUCCGGCGGGCCUUCUUUGAGGAUCUCGGCGUCGAGCGCGAGGUCGACAUCCGUCGCCGCGUCGCCGCCGUCUUCAACCAGACCGAAGACGAUUUUGAGUCGCUGGACGCGUACAACGAAUAUCUGGAAAAGGUCGAGGCCCUGACUAUGGAUCUGGUGAGUGGUACGCCGGCUGGUCGGCGCACGGCCGAGGCCGAGCUGUCACGCUGGGAGGCCGAACAUCGCGCCGAAAUCGAGCGGAAUCGCCGUCGCGGCGAACGAGCCGACGAGCUGAGCCGGUCUCGGCUGGCUGCCGAGAAGGAAGCUGCUCGGGCCCGUCGUGUCGACGCCCUGCGCCAGGACGAAGAGGACCGCCGCGCCCGCUUGCGUGCUCACGAGGAGGAUCUCGACAGCCUCGUGCGUGCGCCCGACGGCGACGGCGGUGCGGCAGCUGGCCGCAUCCUUCUCCGACGUCGCGGCCAGAACCAGCGCGACGCCUUGAUGGCCUCGGAGGAGCAGACGCUGCGGAAUGACGCAAACGAAACGACUAGAAACUCGGGUGCCCUCGUCGGCUCGGCCAGCACGAACACGGCCGCUGCUGCAGCCCCCCCCUCGGGCCUCACCAUCCGUGGUCUCAAGGACCGGCGCAAGGCCGCAGCUGCUGCGGCGGCCGCGGCUGAGGGCCCCUACGACCCGUUCGAAGGACUCGAUCCGCCGCCGUCGCGCUUCCACGUCCAGGAGACCGAGUACCGCAACCCUUGGCUGCAGGGCGCGCGCGAACACACCAGUCACGUGGUCGGCGGCUACGACGUGCACGAGUACUGCACCCGUGCUCUCUUCGACGCUUUCUCCGGCCUCGCCGUCUUUGUCGCCGAUGAGAAGGAGACCCGGCUGCCCGGCGUCGCGGCCGCCGACGUCGCAUCCAUGGGCGCGUCACUCGCCGCUGCCGACGGCCCAUCCGCCUCGUCGCUCGCCAUCAAGAUGGAGGUUGAUGCGGUGUCGUGA